AUGAGUUUGGCUUUGGAAUACAUGAAGGCUGCUGAAAAACACUACUCUCCUCUAUUUAGUAGAAGCAACAGAAGUUACCAAAGGGUGCAUCAUUGGCAUUGCUGGGAAUGCCUCAUCCUGGCCAUAGAUGGGGCCAGGUGGACCAGGAGCAAAAGACUCCCUGUUAGUGACUGUAUUCGGGUCGUGUUGAGCUUUUUCAGGAUCUUGUUACAGGAAUGGAUAAUGCUGGAGAAUACUUACAGCCUAUUUUUCUGGAUCACUUAUAACCAAAACACAGUGUAUAUACUUUUCCAAGUCAUCGUCAUUUCUCUUAGCUAUUCCAAACUCCGGCUUGCUGCCUAGUUCAGUUUUUUGCCAUUGAAUUACAAACUUCAUUCACCUUUGUUCUCCAUGAUGAAGAGGAAAAUCAUGGUGCUGAUGGCUUGUCUUCUGAGGAUAUCCCCAUUCAUCUCCUUAUGCUUCAGCUUCCCCUUCUCCACAGAUACCCUCAAUGCGUAUGGAAACAGUUCCACUCCUAUCCCCUCCUCCAACACCACUGAGGAGUACUUUCCUGAGACCAUUGUGCUUAACCUGGUUCUUCUCUAUGACCUAAGGAUUUUCAUUCCUCUGAUCAUGUUAUCCACGCUGUCACCCUGCUGAUCAUCUCUCUCAGGAGACAGACACACUCUACACAUGGAAAGCAAUGGCACAAGCUUCAGGGCCCACAGCAUGGAGGCUCACAUGGAGCCCUCAAAGCUAUCAGCUGCUUUUUCAGUCUUAGAUUUUCAAUGCAGUCGCUCUAUUUCUUCCAUGUCCAACAUCUUUGACAUUGACAGUUCCUGGGAUAUUUUGUGCAAAAUCAUCAAGGCUGCCUGCCCUGCUAGCCACUCGGUGCUUCUGACCUUGGGCAACCCCGGGCUGAGAAGAGCCUGGAAGCAGUUCCAGCAUGGAGUUCACCUUACCUAUCGGGCAGACUCUGUGGCUGGGGCCCACAGACUACCAUGGGGCCUGGUCCAAACAACUCUGCCUCGUCCCUAG